GGUUGGGGACCAGGGAUUGUCUAUUGAGGCGUCUCCUAGUUAAUGGAUCGUCCCCACUUCUAUCAAUAUGUUCCUCAAUAAUUCUUCUAUCAAAAGUGUUUCCAGAAGGAGUAAUAACUGGGUCCUGCAUCACUUCAAGUGAGAUUGGACACUCAAGUCUCUUCUCCAGCUUCUGAAGCCUUAUUUCCAUUUCCUUAAUUUUCUCAUUUGCCUUCUCAAGUUCCUUCUCUGUCUUCUCAAGUUUACUCUUAGUUUUUGUGUGUUCACUAAUUUGGUUAUUUAAUUUGUCUUCUGUUGUUUUUAGCUCUUUUUGUGUUUCCGAUAGUUUUGCGGAUGCUUGCUUCACAUCCCAUAUGUUUUUAACAGAAGUUAUUGGACUUUCAACAAUCUCUGUGAAUGCAUCCUCAACAUCAAUCCUUUGAAAACCUUCGCUUAAAGGGCCUGAUUCCCUCUGUAAGCAGCAACCCAUUAUUUAGAAAUAUAGUUA